AUGGCCAGCGCCGUCUCCACAAACAUAGUCGUUGCUUCCAGUAGGACAAGGGCGGUCCGCAAGAAGGCUCCCGAGGCCUGUGGGCGCUGUCGGGAGAAGCGGAUCAAGUGCAAUGGUCUCCAGCCUUGUGAUCAAUGCGACAAGAAAGAAGUGCAGUGCGUCUUUUCCUUUGCACCAUUAGUUUCGCCAAGCGGGCAUGAGGUUCUUGUUGAGAAACUAAAUCUCGUACUCUCCCGUCUCGACAGAAUCGAAGAACAAGUAAACCGACAAGCCAGGAUUCUUGCCCACACUCCCGAUCCGAGCCUGCAGAAGCCGAGGAAGCACCCUUCCGAGAGACGAUCCAGUGGCGUUGCUCAGUUGAACGAACAGACUGGGUGCUUCGAGUACUAUGGACAAACCUCGACGUUCAUGACGGCUUCUUUUCUGAACAAACGGGUCAGGCAGCUUGACGACGUGUUGGAGGGCAAUCCGCCCGCCAAGCGGCGCCGAAACGAUUUAGCGGCCGGACAACAGGCACCGAACGACAAAAGCUCCGACAGUCUUGGGUUGGAGGGCCUAACAAGUUUCUGUGACUAUGUUGUCCCGUUGAACGAUCUCCGUGGCGAUCGAUACCUGCGUGAAGCCAUCGCCGGCCGCCAUAUCGAUAGCUUCUUCCGCACUAUUCACAUCUUCCUCCCCAUUCUCGACAUCGGUGCGUUUAGAACACGAUACGGCUCGCUGAGGCAUCUUUUUGGAGACCGAAGACUUUUCCUCGCUACUCUUGACGAUCCAAGGCGACCGCAGUUUGUCUGCUUGCUGUAUGCCGUGCUUGCACUCGGUGCGCUGUACGAGGAUGAGCGAGAAGACAGCUCUUCUUGGGCUUCGUGGUAUUUUGCAGAGGCGCAAGAAAUGCUGGGGCGUUUGCUGAAUUCUAGCAAUAUACAACUAGUCCAAGCUGCCACCCUUCUGGGCGCUUACGCUCAGCAUACGAUCAAACCCAACCUCGCAUACAUCCUUAAUGGUGUUGCGACUCGAUUGGCAUUCUCGACCGGACUGAAUGUUGAGUCGUUGCAUUCGUCGCUCGGAGUCGAUGCCGAAGAGGCGAGGCGCACGUGGUGGGUUAUUUACAUCCAGGAAGUGGAGCUGAGUCUUGAUGCUGGCCGACCCAUGUCCCUGCGCACCUCGGAGAUGAAUAUGGACUAUCCCACUGUGCAGCUUCCAUCCGACCAAGAAGCCGUGCCAAACUCAGCCCAGGUUGCCUUUAUCCAAUACCUGGCAGAACUCGCCAAAAUAAUCCGCAGAAUCAUCAAACUUUCUGCCGAGUCCGCCGAACCCAGCUCGCUCAAGCUCGAACAAAGAGAGGCGUUGCGCCAGGAAUUGGAAGGUUGGAGGGCUUCGCUUCCUGGUUACCUUGCCUUUCCAGAUGUUAGCCAAGAGGUGUACAACAGCUAUGAUCCCGCUUACUUGUACGACUGGAAAGCUAGACAGCAAAGUAGUCUUCGAAUACACUAUGACCUCGCCAAGAUCAUCCUUCUCCGAGGCACCAUCCUGAGAAAGCCAAUCGAUCGCCAUGCCUUGACCAGUAAGCCAUUGUCUGGCCUUCACCAAUCGUUCUAUAUAGAUGCAGCCAGGGACACAAUACGGCAUAUUCACAAGCUGUUUACAUUAGCGCCAGGACUGAGGCGCUGGAGCUACUACUGCUUCUAUUGCCUGCAGUCCACGCUCGUUCUUUUGCUCAAGGUUGCCGACGAUCAGCAUUCUCGAAACCGCCAGCAGAGACAUGCCGGUAAUCAGCCCAGCUCACUGUCACCCUUGGAGACAGACCCAGGAAGAGCAGAAGAGGACAGGAAGCUCUGCCAACUUGCUGUUGAAGUUUUCGAAUCCAUCAAACUGAAAGCCUCACAGCGCUGUGCUGAUGUUGUGCGCCAAUUUCUUCACAAAAGGUCAUCGGCGACCCGUAGAGAGCGACGCCCGGAGCUCUCCCCAUCGUCGUCACUGAUGUCGGGGCAUCACGAAUCUGCACAUUACGGGGCCUCCCCGAGCACUACUAAAGAGAGGCCCCGCGAGUCAGAGCGGGUUGGAAGUGUCGACGGCAGUGACAACACCUCUCCCCAAGUGUCCUUAAACGGGCUUCAUGUUGAUCUUUUCGACGCUUUUUACAGCAACGACUUGAGCCAGGAUUUUAAUCUCGACCCACAACAGGCAUUCUUUGGCCAUGAAGCUCCUCAAGCCUUGUCGUCGGGCACAAGACUGGAGGGAUCGGGAACCAGUGACUGGAUAAGCGGCAGUAUGCCUCCUUGUGACAGCUCUCGUCAGCCAGAUUGGUCGGUUGAAUGA